AUGUCUGACUCUGAUAUCGAAAUAGUGGACGAGAGACCGCUGGAAACGGUAAUUUUAUUAGACUCUGAUAACGAUUCUGAUGAUUUUGUCUAUGAAGCUGAUGAGAGACAAGAGGUGAUUGAGCUAGACGAACCUUUGGGAAAAUCAAGUAAUGUCCCUAGUCCACAGUCCGAUGAUAUCAAUGAUCAUGAUGAAGUCCUUGCAGUAACACAACAAGCUGCUAACGUUACCGCUGGUGGUGAAUCAGGACAAAAAGCUGAAAAAGAGAGUAUCACAAACAUGAAAGUGCCUGAAAUUUCAAUAGACAAACCAUUAAGCAGUCCUCAAAAGAAAUCCAAUGAUAAAGAGUACUGGCUGAGCCUAUCAAGUGAACCAAAUACUGAUAAUGAAGCUGAUGUUCAUAAUAAACCGUCAUCUCAAGACGAGGGAAAGGGACCAGGAGAAAAAGAAUUAAUCAAACAAUCAGAACAACCAGUAGAGUCACCAGAGAAAGCACCAAAAGAACCAGUGGAAAGCAUCGACCUACAUGCGAAACUUACAGAGGCCCCUGAUCAAGAAGAACAAAUCGUGCACAAAGAUAGACAAGAUGCUAUUCUAAGAAGUGAUGAUUCAUUGGGAACAGAAGGAGGAAGGGAAUCGUCAAAGAAGGUACAGAAAGAUGAAACAUUUUCAGGAUCACCAUUGAAGCAAAUCACUAAUACUGAUACUGUAUCUACAAAUGAACUUGUUCCUCAAGAUGGGAACAUUGAUGAGGCAACACCAAAAGCUCAAGAAUCUUCUAAAGAGAGUAGUGCUCAGCAAUCACCAACUAAAGAUUCACCUACAAAAGAACAAACAACUAGCUCAGUGCAACCACAAUCAACAGCUCAACUUUCCCACGAACCAAUUAAUGACGAAAACUCACCACUCAAGUCCACUGAUCAAAGUAAUAAUAAAACAAAUUCCAAAUCAUCUGAUAAAUCACCUUCAAAGGAAUCAACAGACACCUUAAAAACUUCGAAGCCACCAGUGAAAGAAGUACCCAAACGUGCAAAACCGAGUAUACAAGAUGAUUUCUUUUCAAUGAGUUUUUCUGCACCAAUAUUAGAACCUAAAAAGAAGAAAAAGAAGAAGCUCAAAAGAAAGCUUUCAGAAGAACCAUCAACUGUUCCAGCCGAAUCAUCAAGUACAGUUACUCCUCAAGAUCUACCAAAGCUGACAACUACUGGAUCUACAAGCUCGGAUCAAACAUCAAAGGAGAAUCAAAAUGAGGGAACACCAAAGAAGAAGAAACGUCUUGCACGUCCACUUACACCACCUCCGAUUGAUGAAGAUAUUUUUAAGGAAGAGUUUGCCGCUAGAAUGAAUCAAUUAAAUAGACUUACAGGUGAUGACGAUCCUGCAGAAAUGUUGUUUGAUGAAGAUGAUCAAUAUAAACAUAAAUUAGCCCAGCUUGAAAAAAUGAAAAAAAGUUUCGAAAGCGAGAAACAUGUAUCAGAUUCAAAUUCAAGAGAAGAUUCUGAAGAACCUUCGAAUCCAAAUACCAAGUCAAGAAAAUAUAUUUUGCAUAUUACUUCUUUCCUUCCUGGAAGUCAAAACAAUGCAUUAGAUAUUGAUGUAAAAGGUAAUAAGAAAUUUCAUGCUGUUAUAAGUAAAACCUUGAGUUAUCUUUUAAGUUUGGGAAUAGUACCAGAUGCGUUCAAAGUUCUAUAUCGUGUUGAUCAAAUUACGUUAUUUUGGGAUAAAGUAAAAAUUCAAGAUUUUAUGAGACCUGAUUCUCUCAGGCUUCCAGAACCAUCAUCAGGUGAAUCUACCGUUAUAGAAUUAGGUCUUUAUACUAAAUCACAAGCUGAAGAAAUUGAAAGAUAUAGAUUAUUGGAACGUGAAGAAUUAUAUAGAAAAUUGGCUCAAAAAGAAGCCAUGGAAGCUGAAGCUGAAAGAUUGGAAAAAGAAGAGAAAGAAAGAGAAGAGAGAGAGAAGUUGAUGUUUGAUAAAGAAGAAGAAGAUCCUUUCAAAGAUGAUGAGUUGUUCAAAAAUAUUGAAGCUGAUGUACCAACUAACGCAUCAAGAGAGGCUACUUUACAACCAAAUAAUGAGAAAGAAGAAGAAGGGUUUUUCAAGAUUGGUCUCAAAGGUGAAGAUAAUAAAAAAAUUAUUGUUAAGGUCCAUGCAGAAACUCAAAUUAAUAAAUUAGUUGAGCAUUUCAUUAACAAGAAAGGCCUUCCACCAACUACUAAAUUGAAAUUAGUUUUCGAUGAUGAAGAUAUUGACCUCGAUGGUACCGUCGGUGAUACUGAACUAGAAGAAGACUUCACUGUUGAUGUUAUAGUGAUGAAGAAAUAG